GUCUAUGGAAAGAACCAACUAGAACCUAAGGGGCGGGGGCGUGAAAAAGCCCGCGCGCAGGGAAGCAGAUUCGUCCAUAUUUGGUUAUUGGUUGCACCUGCGGGAAAGACGAAAGAUUUCGUGUUGGUGAAGUUCUGGAGAAGAAAAGAGAGACGUUUCUGUUGGCUGUUGCAAGUUUUGUCCUGGCCACCAUUUGGAGAGCAGGAUGUACAAAACGAAAAUACCUGCAAAAAAGAGAGUACGGGUUCCCACCCAGAAAAUGAAGGAACUGCAGAACUCCCCGCCCACCAAUGAGCAACCUGGGUGUUUUGCAUUCGUCAGAUGGGAGGAUGGUUAUACUGGUAAAGUCUUUACAGGAUCUGACAUUUUGGAAAGAGAUGAGGCUCCUGUGCAGCUGCAAGAUCUUAGAUCAGGAGAUCCUGUUUUAGCAAAGUGGUCAGAUGGUAAAUUUUAUAGGGCCAUUGUUGAAUAUAUUUCAAGGGAAGACCAGGCUAAUCCGCCAAAAGGCCGCACAACUCCACAGGGCUUUUUAAGUUUGUUAAAAGGUGAUGAGCCAUCAGACUCAACGUCAGGGUCUGAUACCAUUAUAGUGGAUAGGAGCCAACUGUCUGAGCAUGGCGAGGAAAUCCCAGCGUUGAAUCCAUCAUCUGACGGGGGACAUGCAACAGGCUGCAACACCGCUGGCCCACCACCUUAUGGCUCUACAAAAGGGGGCACCAUUGUUCCAUCACCCUACGGAGGCAAUACCGUCAGCCCAUCACCGUAUGACCUCAACAACUCUGGUACAUCACUCUAUGGAAGCAAUGCACCCAGCCCAUCACCAUAUGGCCUCAACACCUCUGGUCCACCUCCCUACGGAAGCAAUACACCUAACCAAUCACUGUAUGGCCUCAACACCUCUGGUCCACCUCCCUACGGAAGCAAUACACCCAACCCAUCACCGUAUGGCUUCAACACCUCUGGUCCACCUCCUUACGGAAGCAAUACACCCAGCCCAUCACCGUAUGGCUUCAACACCUCUGGUCCACCUCCCUACGGAAGCAAUGCACCCAGCCCAUCACCGUCUGACCUCAACACCUCUGGUCCUUCACCCGACAGAGGCCAUGCAGCUCACCUGGCACCAAACAGGAGAGAUGCAUGCAACUCCUCUGACGAGGGCAACAUCCCUGGACAGCAGGAAGAAAAUGCAUGGACACCAUGUGAUGGAUGCAAGGGGGAGGUUGAAAAAAUCCUUCAUGAAAAAAGAAGAAUCAAUGAAGUUAUCUCAAGAAUAGGCAAGUAAUGCAAGUUCUUCUAAUGAAUUCAUGAUGUAAUUGUUUUAUUAGUGAUUGGGCCUUGAACACAUAAACAUACUGUUUUAACUAUCCUUAAAAAAAGGCAGAAAAGACUAUGGUAUAAGAUAAAACGGUUCUAAGCUGGUUCACAAGUUCUGAGAAUUUUUAUGGGCCGGUUCUAAAGGGUUAAGUGUAAGUCAGUGUAAUGCUGAACUCAGUGUUUCCUCUAUGUUGAUUUGGUAGUGGCGGCCCCCCACGGUUUAAUUUUCUUCCCCCACGGUAUCAGAAAUGGGGCAGACGCACAAUAGACGCAGUUGCCUUUCAAAAUUCAUUGUGCAGACCUGUUGUAGAUUCUCCAAAUAUACAGCUCAAUCACAACUGAAAAUAAUGCCUCAUUGUGUGAAUAGAGGUGAAUACAUAUAAUUGUUUGUGUUGCAGCGAAGUGUCAGU